UUCACAACUCAUCUCCAGCCGAGUCACCACCUUAAUGGGGUCGUCUUCGUGGCUGUCCUCCACGAAGCUGUUCGCUCAGCCAAAGCCAACGCAGAGUAAGGGGAGCCGAGUCGAGCAAUUUACUGGACUCAGAUCGGAUUGCCGAAAUCGUCAGCCAAACGCGAUUGGACAACUUCCUUGUUUCCCUCCGAAACAAACCUCCAACUUCUCUUCCUUCCCUCAAACGACACCGUCGUUCCUUUUUCUUUUUUAUCCUUAAUUAAUUGCUAAGCAUGCCACCAGAUCUUACGUGUUAUGAUUAAACAAAGAACCGAAUUUUCCGAGAUCAGUUUUAUUGUUGCUUUUAAUUAUCAGAAUCAGAUACCUUUGGCUCUUUGUUCUUAUUCAUUCCGUUCGCAUGCCUCAUCCUUGAUUAAUUAAAUUGAUCACCUCGAUCUUGUAUGUCAGCUUUACUCCCUGCCAGAGACUUCAUUCUCGAGAUUUUGUUUGUUUAAUCACAGUAUCGAUGAUGCAACACGGCAUGAGAAUCGAUCAGUAGUUUUCUCCAUUUUUCUUACCUGCAAUUCCUUUUCUAUGUCCUGUUUUGUUUGAAUAGUGGGGUGAGGUUGAUCAGAAUUGAGAAGUUAUGAUGCUUUUGGUGGGCACCCAUUUUCGGGUUGUUUUGUUUCUGUGCCGGAAGGUAGCAGUUUGGGUUCAUCAUUCAUCUUCAUCUUGUUCUGAAUGAAGGAAUGGCGAAGAUGGGUGUUUCGUUUUGCUCCUUACUUGAUUUCCUUCUGAAUGGAUUCUUGACGAGGGAUCGGUCAAAUAACACGUUUGAUGAAUCGGGUAAAAAGGUCCGUGCGUAAUUUUUUUACAAUGGAUCUUAGUGCUUCGAGUCGUGACGAUUCGAAGAAGACGAGGAAGAAGAAGAGGAAGAAGUAUAAGAAAAUUGCCGGCAUCGAGAAAGAGGAUUUCACGCCCCAACAGGAGCAUGGUAAUGAUGACGGUGAGAAAGAAGAGGAAAAGGGUGAGGCGACAAUGGUAUUUGGGGAUCCGAAUUGUUUGAUGUCUCCCCAGAAGAACAGGAGUUCCAAGAGAAUGGCUAACGCGCCGGCGAAUUCCAGGAGAAAAGUUCAGUGGAACGAUGAGAACGGCAAAAAGCUCGUGCAUGUUCGUGAGUUCGUUCCAAGAUUAAACACGCAGUUUCAGUUUUCUGAAAAAGAAAAUAAACCUUGGUGUACCUUUCUUUGCUAUCUGGAAUACGUCUCCAUGCGUGCAUCUCAUCAACACCUAAUACUGUACAAGCCACCCUGGACGGUUAUAACAAGGUCAAUUUAUAAACCUUACAGAUUGACAGUAGGUACUGUGAGGUUGAAGCCAACUUUGCUUUUGUACCGCAGACCAUGUGAGUUUUUAUCAAUUAGAUGCAUAACCUGCUAUGGGGUCGGUGAUGGAAGGUUUCUCUUGGCGUAUCCUUGCUUGCAGAUAUAUCACAUGCAUAAACACUAGGAGACCCGAUUAUGAUUAAAAGAUGUCAUUUGGAAUUUAGGAGUCUUGGAAGUUGGAAUAAUUCAGAAUAGACUCUUCAAACAGUUAAGUUGCUGAAAAAAACUAUUUCUGUUUUUUUAUGUGUUUGCAUUCAAGUGGCUUUGUCGUUAUCUUAAUUUACGUGCUGAAGCAUUUAUGGAUUGCAGCAUGCCGGUCAAAAGCUGCC